UGACAUCUGACCAAACCAAUAAGGUUUCCGGUCUGCAGUAAUUGUCCCCUCCUUUUGAGAGAAUGUCACAGAUUCUGUAAUGGCGACGGGUUUGUCACAGUGCAAUAUGGUGUGGGAGGUGAAGCCUCAACUGGUUCCUGACAGAAGAGAGCGAACCCAGCUGGUAAAAGUGCAGGAUGGCACAAGGACAGACAUACCAGAGUGCAAAGGAGACCUGCAACGCUCUCCUGGACGAGAGGAGUGUGAUGAUCUGCCAGACCUAAAGGAGGUCCUGGAAAGCAGAGAAUCGCCAGAGGUGUUCCAGGUCGCAGCGGGAGUGUCCCACCACGAGCAGCAGGGGGACGCCCCCAAUGCUGGCUGGCUGACAGAGCUAGCUAACAUCGCCACGAGCCCCCAGAGCCCCCUUCUGCAGGGCCUCGCCUGCGAAAGCAGACCCUCCUCUGUCCACAUCUUCAGCACCAGCAACAGUUUACAUUCCUACGCUCGCAUGCCCCCAGCCCCCAGCAGCACGCCAAGGUCGUCCCGGAGCCAACGGAAGUCACGGAUGCGAACACGGGCGAGUGGAGUGAGGGACCCUGGGCCUUCCUGUACCCCAUUGCCGACAGGUGACAAUGACAUGGGCUGGUCCCAUUCCUGGCCCUCUGCAGUUUGGCACUGUUUCCUGAAAGGCACACGACUCUACUUCCACAAGGGGCCUGGUGAGGGCUGGCAGGUUGCUGAGGACUUGGGGAGCCAGACAGAGGAGCUGGGCGCUGAGGGAGACUCCAGGAAGAGCUACGGUUCUGAAGGCCUGAAGCUUGUGGCCCAUGAGGAGACUGUGUCUUUCGGCCAGUCGGUCCUGAAAUUGACCUUUGACCCCGGCUUGCCGGAAGACGGCCUCUUGACUGCGGAAUGCCGACUGGAUCACCCCUUUUACGUCAGAAGUAAAGGUUGGUCCUCUUUCUACCCGAGUCUCACCGCAGUACAGCAUGGUAUCCCCUGCUAUGAGCUGCGCCGGGGAGACCUGUGCCUGCAGCCUGGGCACCCAGAUGCCGUCAACGGUGAUGACUCCAUCGUCUUCGACACCUUCAAGAGUUACGCUUUCACUCCUCUGGAUUCGUCGGCUGUAUAUGUGCUGAGCAGCAUGGCCCGCCUGCGCAGAGCCUCACCGUCCAGUGAGGGCGCCGUCACCCCUCUCGCUAACAAGAUGGAGGAGGGCUCAGAGUGUCCCAGCACAUCACCAUCCUCUACCAAGAGCCACAGCUCAGGGAUGGUCGGCAGGGCCACACCCACCAAAUGCAAGCGGCCAAUGAAUGCCUUCAUGCUGUUUGCCAAGAAGUACAGAGUGGAAUACACCCAGAUGCACCCAGGGAAAGACAACAGGGCCAUCAGCGUGAUCCUGGGUGACAAGUGGAGGAAGAUGAAGAACGAGGAGAGGAAGAUGUACACCAUGGAGGCCAAAGCCCUGGCGGAGGAGCAGAGGCGUCUCAACCCUGACUGCUGGAAGCGGAGGAGAACAAGUUCGGGUUCACAGCACAACUAAGUGCCGAUCUCUGCGGACAGAGCUUUCUGGAAGGGUCAGGACUCCCCUGUGAUGCUCAGCACACUUUCAUAUAACAUCAUUGAUACUUUUCAGGAAAAUGAGAAACAGAUUUUCCGAUUUUAAUCCCAUAAUGUAAUCCUGCUUUGAAUAUUUGUACGUUUUAAUGACCGAAACGCCUUAAUUAUCCAAAGCCAGUUUUCCUUCAGGUAAUUUACUAUUCUAGGGCUGAACCAUUAGAGUUUACAGCACUCAGCAAUAGAGGGACAUUUCCUUUGUAAGGUAAAAAGGAGGAAUGCUUUAGCAAAAAUAGAGAGAGAGGGGUAUGAUUCUCAAAUAUGGUAAAUCCUUCUUAUGGUCAUCUGCAGAAAAGCCAGGGAUGGGACGUAGCUUUUAACUUUAAUCUGCAAUAAAGGCAGGGAUGGGACGUAGCUUUUUAACGUUAAUCUGCAAGAAAAGCAGGGAUGGAACGUAGCUUUU